AGUCAUCAAGACAACAACCAAACCAUUCCCGUUCAGUUGCCCAUCGGAUCAGCGGCAGAAACAAAAGAAUGGCACUCUGGGGUUUGCGGCUUUCUUUCCGGACUUAGGCUGAGCCUCCUCGUCGGACCGAGAGCUGAGGAGUCGACCCGUGGCAAAGUGCUUUCUCGUUCUGCCCCUGUUCCCGUCCUGUUUUACCGACCGACACAAUGGGCUGUUGCAGCGGACGAUGCACGCUGAUCUUCCUCUGCACUUUACAGCUGGUUUUAGCACUGGAGAGGCAAGUGUUUGAUUUCCUGGGUUACCAGUGGGCCCCCAUCUUGGCCAACUUCUUCCACAUCAUCAUCGUCAUCCUUGGCCUCUUCGGCACCAUACAGUACCGGCCGCGUUACAUUGUGGUGCAUGCUGCUGCCCUAGCUGCUGAGUCACGGUCCCAGAAAAUCCCCAACAGAGAGGGAAAGAGGGAGGUUGAUUUUAUUGGUGGAUUUGACCCAUUCCCACUCUACCAUGUCAAUGAGAAACCAUCUCAUCUUCUCUUAAAGCCCAUGUACCUGUAA